AGGCAGAAGUCAGGACAAACAAAGGGCUGUUUGUACAGCAUCUCCCAUCAGCCCUCCCUCCCUCUUCGCAUCCCUGCUAGCUCUAGCUCUCUCUGGGUACAUCUCAAAAGAUACAGCUGCCAAGAAAGUGGAAGGGAGUGAACCAGAAGAUAAAGCACCCUGCUGUGGGAAGCUUGGCAAAAAUGAAGAUGCUCUGGGUGCUGCUGCUGCUGAGCACCCUCCCGGGUACCCGCGCGGUGCCUUCCCUGCGCCCCUCUUGUUACAAGAGGGCCCUCAAGGACCACAGCUGCCACACCAUCCCCGAGGGCAAGGAGAACCUCCGACACGUCGAUGAAGGUCUGCAAGAUCACUUCUGGGAAGGGAAGGGCUGUGAGGUGAUCUGCUACUGCAACUUGAAUGAAUUGCUCUGCUGCCCAAAGGAUAUUUUCUUUGGACCAAAGAUAUCUUUUGUGAUCCCCUGCAACAGUCAGUGAUUCAAGUCUGCAAGUGAAGAUAACAGACAUCAUUCUACGAUCACGUAAUGAUGUUUUCAAGAGUAAAACAAAAUUACCACCAACAAAAAAAAACCGUUCCUUUCUAAUCACAAGCUACUGCCUCACUUUACACUGCAAAAAGAAUUUCCCUUCUAUGCCUUUAUGGAAUAUCAAAUACCUAAGUUUUCUUUUCAAAUCUGGUAGCUGACCUCAUUUCCAUAAAGCCAUUUCCAUGGUUUAACAGACUGUACAAGCUCUUAACGUAUCCUAAUAUUGCAUAUCCCAGCAGAAAGCAUAACUCUUCUUACUCAGCAUAAUAUCUUCAGUCUGGACAAAGAAACUUCAAGCCUAAGCCUUCAUGUUGUUAGGAACAUGACUCUCAGAGCAACUUAUGGCAGUGCAGCUUCCUUUUCCAUUAUUGCCAUCACACUUUUAAUGUAAUUUUAAGCUCUAGCCACUCAAUCCCUGGCACUUCUGAAGAGAGGCUCUCAUAUUCUGUUUAGGCAUCUUAAACUAUAUGCACAUACAAGAGGCCUGUAUUUCCAUAUUUGAAAGCAUUUCUCUGGAAUAAAACAAUAUUAAAAAUUGAUAUUAAGAGUACUAAAGCACAUUUGGGUCUUAAGUCUAACUGGUCACCCGCCUUGAGUAUGCAAUCUCUAAACUUUAAAUUGCUUAAUCUUAGCAGUGAACAUUUAAACAUAUUAGAACAACAGAUUCUUAAUUCAAGUUUUGAAAUACAGUACUCCAAAGUAAGUUAAAAUGCUGGCUUUUUUAGGCUAGUCCUCUAAGGCAAUAGCUACAGAAAACACAGAGAUAAUCAUCUUCAUAUUUAAGAGGUAUUGUGAUCUAUGAGAUAGACACAGAGACAUAAAUUUUGACCAUCUUUCUGUUAUGUGGCAAUCUGUAUUGGCAGGUUUUGAGAGGUGACCACAUAAUUUUAAGCAGAGUCACCUGAACAAGCCAGGCUUACAGGCAGCAAGCAUGACUUGCUGCUUUACACAUAUAAACUCUUCAGCUAUCAUGCCAGUCACAUGAAAAGUGUGCAGUACUGAAGGAACUGUGCAGUCUUCUCUACUCAAAAAAAUGCACUGUUCACCUAAUAAUCUUACACACUGGCCCAAACUGCUAGUACCAGCUUACCAUGCUUCCUUCAUGUGUCAGUAUGAAAUAUCACCAUGACUGUUCUUCUUGUUAGUAAACCAGGGUUGGAUACUGGAUGAGGUGGUGAUUAUACACAGCCAAUAAUAAAUGUUUCAAGUAAAUUUUUUAAA